GUCUUGUCCAUCCCGGGGUGCCGCCUGCCUCUGCCCAUGCAGUGAACCAAGAACCGCUGUCGCUCCUGCCCCCGCCGCCGGACCCUGGAAUGGGCACGGAGCCCCGCGGCCGGCCGGCUGUUUCCUCAUAGUUUUCAGCUUCGGGAGGAGGACCGGCCCAGCAUGUUUUGGAAAUUUGAUCUCCACUCGUCAUCGCACAUCGACACGCUCCUGGAGCGGGACGAUGUGACCCUGAAGGCCCUCUUGGACGAGGAAGACGUCCUGCAGGAGUGCAAGGCCCAGAACCGCAAGCUCCUGGACUUCCUGUUGAAGGCCGAAUGUCUCCAGGACCUGGUCUCCUUCAUCGUCGAGGAGCCCCCGCUCAGCCUGGACGAGAAGAUCCGAUACAAGUACCCCAACAUCUCCUGUGAGCUGCUGACGUCGGACGUGUCUCAGGUGAACGACCGCCUCGGGGAGGACGAGGCCCUGCUGGUGAAGCUGUACAGCUUCCUCCUGAACGAGCCCCCCCUGAACCCUUUGCUCGCCAGCUUCUUCAGCAAGGUCCUGAGCGUCCUCAUCAGCCGCAAGCCCGAGCAGAUCGUGGAGUUCCUGAAGAAGAAGCAGGAUUUCGUCGACCUCCUCAUAAAGCACAUCGGGACCUCAGCCAUCAUGGACCUGCUGCUCCGCCUGCUCACCUGCAUCGAACCCCCCCAGCCCCGCCAGGACGUUCUCAACUGGCUAAAUGAGGAGAGGAUCAUCCAGAGGCUGGUGGAAAUAGUUCACCCGUCGCAGGAGGAGGACCGGCACUCAAACGCCUCUCAGUCCCUCUGUGAGAUUAUCCGCCUGAGCCGGGAUCAGAUGCUACAGGUGCAGAACAGCACGGACCCAGACCCCCUUCUGGCUACGCUGGAGAGGCAGGAGAUCAUCGAGCAACUCCUUUCCAACGUGUUCCAUCCAGAGAAGAACGAGUCCGCCAUCGUCAGUGCCAUCCAGAUCCUGCUGACUCUGCUGGAGACCAGGCGGCCCGCGUUUGAAGGGCACAUAGAGGCCUGCCCGCCCGGCGUGGGCCACUCCGCCAGCUCCGUCAGCAAGAGCGUGCUGGAAGCCAUCACCGCCCGGCUGAACUCUUUCCACGAGCUCCUGCUUGAGCCCCCCAAGAAAGGUGCUAUGCGGACGACGUGGGGUGUGCUGGACCCCCCUGUGGGCAACACGCGGCUGAACGUCAUCCGGCUCAUCUCCAGCCUUCUGCAGACCAACUCUGGUGGCGUCAACCUGGAGCUCAUUGAGCUGAACAGCAUCGGCGUCAUCCUGGACCUGUUCUUCAGGUACACGUGGAACAACUUCCUGCACGCGCAGGUGGAGAUCUGUAUCGCUCUGAUUCUCGCCAGCCCGGAAGACAGCAGCGCCAGCACCCCUACCACUACCCCAGCCACCCAGGACGCCCCCGGGCACCACCACCUCCUGCUCAAACACCUUUUCCUGAAAUGUCACUUGGUGGAGCGGAUCCUGGAGGCCUGGGAGCUGAAUGAGAAGAAACAGGCGGACGGGGGGCGGCGGCACGGCUACAUGGGCCACCUGACCCGGAUUGCAAACUGCAUCGUGCACGGCAGCGAGAAGGGGCCCCACAGCGCUGCACUGCAGCGACUCCUCAAGGACCUUCCGGACCAGGUCAGGGAACGGUGGGAGACCUUCUGCUCCAGCUCCCUGGGGGAGACCAACAAGAGGAACACGGUCGAUCUGGUCACCACGUGUCACAUUCACUCGUCCAGCGAUGAUGAGAUCGACUUCAAAGAGAGCGGCUUCUCCCAGGACUCGUCCCUGCAGCAGGCCUUUUCUGAUUAUCAGAUGCAACAAAUGACGUCCAACUUUAUUGACCAGUUUGGCUUCAAUGACGAGAAGUUUGCGGAUCAGGACGACAUCGGCAAUGUUUCGUUCGAUCGGGUGUCAGACAUCAACUUCACCCUCAAUGCGAAUGAGACGGGCAACAUGGCGCUAUUCGAGGCCUGCUGCAAGGAGAGGAUCCAGCAGUUCGAUGAUGGCGGCUCUGACGAGGACGACAUCUGGGAGGAGAAGCACGUCGCCUUUGCACCCGAGGCCCAGCGGCGCUCCAGCUCCGGCAGCACGGACAGCGAGGAGAGCACCGACUCAGAGGAGGAGGAGGACGGAGCUCAGCAGGACCUGUUUGAGUCAGGCAGUGCCGGGGCAGAGGACAAAAUGGAGGUGGACCUGAGUGAGGCACCGGCCUGGUCGGCCACCUUCGAUGUUCCCAUGGAGACGGGGCACGGGGCCGGGCUGGAUGCCGUGGGGUCCGGCGUGUGGAGCACAGAGGAGCCCCUGCCCGCCAAGGAGACGGGAUGGGCGUCUUUCUCGGACUUUCAGCCCGCUGGGAGCCCCAAGGAGGCCCCCCGGAGUGCCUCGCCGGUGGACAUGGAGACCAGCACGGAGCCCCCCAGCUCCGGCCCUGCCACCCAGCCCGCCCUGCCGGAUGGCCCCGGGAGCAGCGUGGCCAUGGAGGCCAGCGAGGGCGGGGCCGAGAAGGUGACGGAGACGGUGAUGAACGGCAGCAUGAAGGAGACCCUCAGCCUCACUGUGGACGCCAAGACAGAGACGGCGGUCUUCAAGAGAGUGCUGGAAUCCUUCCGUGAGGACGGGAAGGUGUCCAGCCCUCAGGAUGCUGCCUGCUGCAACUGCCCCGUGGAGGAGAGCCCGGGGGCCACAGAGGGAACCCUGGCCAGCCCCCCACCCGCCGCCAGCGGCCCAGAGCAGAGGGUCGACCCGCAGGCCCUCGUGGGAGCCGCGCCCGCCGACCGGCCCGUAUGACGGGCGACCCUCGGCCCGGGGCUGAAGAGGAGGCGCCGGACCCGCCCCGCCGCCCGCGCGGCCGGGGGUCUCGGGUUGGGGGCGAGCCGGUCCCGCUGGGGCCGGGGCCGGCGGAGGCGGAGGCCGGUCUCUGCUGCACGGACUCUCUGAGCGACCGGGACCAUCAGCUCCCCUUUCUAGUCUAGAUUUCCACACGUUGUACAGAGAAGCCCGGAUGUGGAAAAUAUUGCACAUUGACAAAUACCAAGCAUUUUGGCGUAUGUUUAUAGUGUAUCGUUCUAAAUUAUGGCGGGGACGGGGAGGGCGGGGGGGAGAGGGGCCGCCGCCAGCCCGGCCGCCCGCUGCCGCCGCCCCCGGCCCGGCCUGCUAGCGGCUAAUGGAGAGCUGGUGACGCCAGGAGGAGGAGGAGGAGUUGCCCGGUCAGUGUUGCCCCCCCCGGGCAUCGGGCACCGGGCCCCGCGUCCGCUGGCGACGUCUUCGUCCGCAUCUCACCUCGUUCCAAGUUCAGAGCUUGCGUUUCUUCCAGGCUUCCCGGGCGGAGCGUGAGGCCCGAGGAGCCCUCGAGCGGCCCCGUGGCCCGUCAUAGCUGCCGCGGGGGACUUUGAACAGGACAUUCUGGUGUUCUUUUUAUAGCCGGUUUUUAAUUGGUCACCGUUUCCUGUAUUGUUUGAAUGGGAUCAGAAAUGUAAGUCUAUCGGUAGAGAUUUUAAGUAUUUAUUGCGCCAGCGUGGUUGGUCGAGACGGGUGUCGUUCUCCUCCCCCCACCCCACCCCCAGCCCGCCUUGCCCCCCAGUCUGCUGCACCCUGGCCGUUGGGCCCGCCGUCGCCCCCUCCCCCACUCGAGGUGGGGCCCAAGGGAGGCGGGGACGGGCAGACCCCCGGCGGACUGUGGCGUUGGCAUGAGUCCCCAACCUAGGAGGGGGUUUUCUUGCUCGGACUUCAGAGUCGGAACCUUUUCCAGGCCAGCCUAGGCCCACAGUGGUUCCGGAAGCCAAGUCCGUGAACGAGAACCUCUCUCCCGCCCCCAACUUCCCGGGCCCCGCGGCAGCCCGGUCCUGCCCCCUUGCCGCCGGCCAGCAGUAGCCCGGGCCCCACCCUCGGGCAGGCGGGUGCCCGUGGCCCUCACCGAGCAGCCAGUAUUGAGAUGCCCAGUGACCGGUCCUCAUCUCCCGGGGACGCCAAGAACGAGUGGCAUCACGGUGGCGGUGGCAGGUUCUCCCCUCCCUUUGUGCCUGACCCUGCCCCUCGCCACCCUAUCCCGCCUUCCUUCCCUGGACCCCACCAGGGCUCGCUCCUGCCACCCACCAUCCCCGCCUUCAUCCCAGAGAGGCAGCAGCAGCGACCACCGGAGAAACUGGGACUGGCUCAGCCGCUGUCCGGCAGAGCCGAGGUCGGGGCCUCGCCUGCCCCAGGGGCCAGCCCCCGCCCUCCAACAGAGCGUCUAUUUUUACCUAUCGAAAGAGUAUUUUUAAUGUGCCCCUCGGGGGGCCAGGCAGCGCCCCACCUCGACCUCAGACCCCCCUGCGGCCUGGGGUGGGCCGGGGCGGCGGACUCGGACCCCCAGGCUCCGUGUUUCACUGUCUCCCUGUACAUCCUUGUAUGUUUCCUGCACUGGGGAUAAUCGUGGAGCCCAAGACCUAGACAAACUUGUAUCCAACAGAAAUAAAGCCACCUUGCUCUGA